AUGACUAUAAAUAACAAAUAUUCAUUUAAGCCGGAAAACAGGAAGUUGAUGAGCGACAGACCUGAAAUCAAAUCUCAUGUGAACUAUAUUGCCUUUAAAGGUUCUAAAAGUUGUCAUAGCAAUGAGGUAGCUGAAGUUGUAAAUGGCGCAGAUAAUAAUGCAGAAGAUUCACAUGUUGAUAAACCAUGUAUAAGAAUUGAUGGAUUAUUGGAACAUGUCAAUAAGGAGAUGCUUGAAAUGUUCUUUCAAAUUGAAGAGAAAAAAAUCGGUGGAAAAGUUAAAAGCAUUGAGAUCGAUAGAAAGAGUAAAUGUGCUACAGUUUUGUUCGAUGAAAAAGCAGCUGUUGAUGCUUUUAUGCAGAGAAAUCCAAAAACUAUACUGGGUAUGGAUGUGACAGUUAAAGUACUUGAUACAGCCCCUAAAUUGUUUCAUGCAGAAUCAACAUGUAUAAAAAUUACUGGACUUAUGGACAAUAUGAAUAAACAGAUGCUUGAAAUGUUUUUUUAUAAAGAAGAGAGGAAUGGCGGAGGAAAAGUGAAAAGUAUUGACCUUGAUAGCAAGAACAAAUGUGCCACUGUUGAGUUCGAAGACGAGACAGGUGUUGAUUUGAUCAUGAAAAAGACACCGAUGGCAAUAUUUGGGUUGCCAGUUCAUAUAGAAGUAACGGAUACAGCCCCUAAAUUGUUUCAUGCAGAAUCAACAUGUAUAAAAAUUACUGGACUUAUGGACAAUAUGAAUAAACAGAUGCUUGAAAUGUUUUUUUAUAAAGAAGAGAGGAAUGGCGGAGGAAAAGUGAAAAGUAUUGACCUUGAUAGCAAGAACAAAUGUGCAACUGUUGAGUUCGAAGACGAGACAGGUGUUGAUUUGAUCAUGAAAAAGACACCGAUGGCAAUAUUUGGGUUGCCAGUUCAUAUAGAAGUAACGGGAGGUGAUACUGAGGAAACUAAAAUGAUAAAAAUCUCCAACUUACCGGCUACCAUAAACAAGGAAAUGUUGUUAUUGUUCUUCGAAAACAUGAUGAAGAGUGAUGGAAAAAUGGUUGACGUGACAGUGAACGCUGUAGAGUCUCAUGCCAUUGUUGAGUUUGACAAUUCAGCAGCUGUUCAUAGAGUAAUAGAUCAGAAACCAUUAAAAAUAUUCGGCUUUGAAGUGGAUGUAGAUACUUUCGGUGAGUUGAGUACUUUUUUUAAUUUUUCAACUAACUAACAAACAGACCAAGCAUAGAUCUAAGUAUA